CCGCUCCCAAACCCGGAUAAUGGGACUGUAAAACCCAAUUCCCCGACUCCCACUUACCCAAAAAAUUCCAAUCGACUGUCCAAUUCUUGUCCCGCCAUUCCAUUGCCACACCCCAAAAGAAUCCCGCCAAUUCCCCCUAACUUUUCGUUUCUCGAAACCACCACUACUUAUAGUACAGUACUUGCUUCAGUUCAUAGUCGAUCAGUACUUUACUUCGUCACCUUAUUUUAGAGAGAGAGAGAGAGGAGAAUGGGGGAGAAGAGGAUAAGGGGUCAGCCCCAAAAAGAAGAAGAAGAAGAAGAGUUGGUGGUGGAAAAUGAGGGGAAGAAGAAGAAAAGUGAAGCAGUUUCAGGGUACGAGCAGUUCAGAGACCAGAGAAUCAAAGAGAACAUGGAGAGGUUGCAGAAACUGGGGAUUUUGGACCUUUCUCGCAAUCUCAAGCCAGAACCCAAAAAGCGUCUCAAGAAAGACCCUUCUCAGAAAAAGCCUUCUUCAACCUCUUCUGAUCCCCCCAGGCGCUCCUCUCGGUUGCAGACUGUGGAGCGGGUUGUUUAUGUGGAAAAACGUACUCCGAAGAAGAAGGCAAGGGAGAGCGAGGAGAUAGAGAUUCAUAUAGAAGAAGGAUCAAAGCCUGAGAUUUACACAGAAGAGGAUAUGAAGCUUUUGGGUGAUUCCAAGACUGCAUGGACUCUGAUGGUGGAUGGAUAUGGAGAAGAUGGGGAGCGCAUAUAUGAUCCUUUUUACGGGAAAUCUUGCCAUCAAUGCAGGCAGAAAACUCUUGGUCAUCGCACCAGCUGCAGUACAUGCACAUCAGUUCAAGGGCAGUUUUGUGGCGAUUGCUUAUACACCAGAUAUGGGGAAAAUAUUUUGGAAGCAAACCAAAAUCCAAGUUGGAUUUGCCCUGUAUGUCGAGGAAUUUGUAACUGCAGCCGUUGUAGACGGGCAAAAGGAUGGGCACCUACUUCUUCUCUCUACAAAAAGGUCACAAAAAUUGGCUUCAAGUCUGUGGCACAUUAUCUCAUUCAAACUCGUCAGUUUCGGCCAAAGCAGGAAGAACCUUCUGCUGAAGGUUCCAUUCCUGGGGAUAAAUCACCCUCUUUCGACAUAGAAGCAAAGUCGCCAUUGCACGCUGAGGCUCUUGACUUGCCUAGCAGUCCCGAGGAAAUCCCAGACCCGAAAUCUGAGGAGGGCAACAAUGUCAAAGAGGACUACAGCGAUGAUGAGUAUCAAGAGGAGAGUGACAAACACGAUAGCAGUGAUGAGGAGAGUGACCACGAGAGUGGAGAUGAUUGACUUGGCGAAUUAGAGGUUUUGAAGACGUGCAUCUUUUUUGGCUAGAAAGAAUUGCUAAUAGCUGCUGUGUGUAUGCAGAAGCAACCGGCUUAGAGUAAUAUUUUUGUAACGGUAUGAACUAUUUCUGGAUUCAUAGCAGGAUAGCAUACUAUUGCAUGGUGAAAAAAAUCUUGUAUGAUUAUUUUGCUUCACCGAAACCUGCCUCGGGUAAAGUUAGAAAUAUGGUCAAUGUAAUCAAAUGAUCUUCAUUUGUGCUAGUUCCGAGCCUUUACAUU